UCUCUCGGGUCCGCGUUCUCAAGAUGACCAAGAAAAGAAGGAACAAUGGUCGUGCCAAAAAGGGCCGCGGCCACGUGCAGCCUAUUCGCUGCACCAACUGCGCCCGAUGCGUGCCCAAGGACAAGGCCAUUAAGAAGUUCGUCAUUCGAAACAUAGUGGAGGCCGCAGCCGUCAGGGACAUUUCGGAAGCGAGUGUCUUCGACGCCUACGUGCUUCCCAAGCUGUAUGUGAAAUUACAUUACUGUGUGAGUUGUGCCAUUCACAGCAAGGUAGUCAGGAAUCGCUCUCGUGAAGCCCGGAAGGACCGAACACCCCCACCCAGAUUUAGACCUGCAGGUGCUGCUCCACGACCUCCGCCAAAGCCCAUGUAAUGAGCAAAGUCCUUAAGGACUGAAGGAGAAGCUCUCUCUCUGGAAAAUAAUAAAAUGGAAAUUACACUUUAUAUA